GGUCCUUUAUAUUCGUAAUAGUCUUUAUACAACCAUGGCUAGUGUGUCUUAUCAAAUAGCUAAUUUACUAGAAAAGAUGACAUCUUCAGAUAAAGAUUUUAGGUUCAUGGCAACCAAUGAUCUAAUGACUGAACUCCAGAAAGACAGCAUUAAAUUAGAUGAUGACUCUGAGAGGAAAGUUGUGAGGAUGUUGCUAAAGCUACUUGAAGAUAAAAAUGGAGAGGUUCAAAAUUUGGCUGUGAAAUGUUUGGGUCCUUUAGUCAACAAAGUCAAGGAGUAUCAAGUGGAAACCAUAGUUGAAUCUUUAUGUACAAAUAUGGUUUCUGAUAAAGAACAACUGAGAGAUAUUUCAAGCAUUGGUCUCAAAACAGUAAUUGCUGAACUUCCUCAAGCAUCUGGUGGUCUCUCUGGUAAUAUUUGUAAAAGAAUCACUGGUAGAUUGACCACUGCAAUUGAGCGUCAAGAAGAUGUGUCGGUUCAACUGGAAGCUUUGGAUAUUAUAACAGAUUUAUUGUUACGUUUUGGCCCAGUGUUGCAAGCCUUUCAUGGUUCAAUAUUACAAGCUCUACUGCCUCAAUUGUGCUCUCAACGUCAAGCAGUCAGAAAACGCACUAUUAGUGCUUGCAGUAACUUAGUACUUUCUUGCAGCCAUGCUUUAUAUACUAAACUAAUUGAUCACUUGUAUGAUGGAUUGUAUUCUGACAAAAAUAGUUCACAGGUCAGAACUUACGUGCAAUGUAUUGCUGCUGUGUGUCGUCAAUCUGGGCACAAAUUUGGAGACCACAUUGAAAAAUUUGUUCCAUUAAUUUUGGAAUGUAGUCAAGUUGAUGAUGAUGAGCUACGUGAAUUCUGUUUACAAGCAUUCGAGAGUUUUAUUAAUAGAUGUCCCAAAGAGAUCACCAAGAAUAUUUUAUCGAUAACAGAUUUAUGCUUGAAAUAUAUGGUAUAUGAUCCUAACUACAACUAUGAUGAAGAUGAAAGUGCCAAUGGCCAAAAUGACCCAAAUGACGAUGAUGAGGAGGAUGAAGAAAAUGAUGAAUAUAGCGAUGAUGAUGAUAUGAGCUGGAAAGUGCGACGAUCCGCUGCGAAAUGUCUAGAAGCUAUUAUUUCAACGCGUCAUGAACUGCUAUCCGAAUUUUAUAAAGUUUUGUCACCUGCUUUGAUUGCUCGAUUUAAAGAGAGAGAAGAAAACGUGAAAUCCGAUAUUUUCCAUGCCUACAUAGCUCUUCUCAAACAAACUAAAUCAACAGUAAGCGUAAGUAUGGAUCCAAAUGCUAUGGUUAUGGAUGAUGAGGAAGAGUCGCCUAUGAUACUUCUUCAGCAGCAAAUAGAAAUGCUUGUUAACGGUGUACAGGGUCAAAUGCGUGAAAAAAGCAUCAAAACGAGACAGGACUGCUUCCAUUUACUAAAGGAACUUUGUACUGUUCUUCCAGGAGCAUUGAGUACUCAUAUUGGGGACCUGAUACCUGGCAUACUAUACUCUGUAAGUGAAAAGAAUGCUAGUAGCAAUAUGAAGAUUGAUGCAUUGUCAUUUAUCUAUUGUUUGUUAACCAGUCACCAACCGCAAGUUUUUCAUCCAUAUAUCAGCACUCUCCUACCUCCAGUAAUAAGUGCCGUUGGCGAUAAUUUUUACAAGAUCACCGCUGAAGCAUUGAAUGUACUGCAAGAAUUGGUAAAAGUAAUUCGGCCAUUGAACGUUAAUUCUGGUUUUGACUUCACGCCAUUUACCAAAGAUAUUUACAGUUGUACUUUAGUACGCUUAAGAACUGCAGAUAUAGAUCAAGAGGUUAAGGAAAAAGCAAUAUCUACGAUGGGACAAGUAAUUUGUAACUUAGGUGAUCACUUAAAAGCUGAGCUACCUUAUUGCUUACCGUUGUUCCUUGAUAGACUGAAAAAUGAGAUUACUAGACUAACAACCGUCAAAGCCCUAACAAAAAUAGCUGGGUCUCCCUUAAGUAUUGAGUUGCCCAUAUUGCCGGAUGCAAUGCCGAUCUUAGGACUAUUCUUAAGAAAAAAUCAGAGAGCUUUAAAACUGACUACGCUGCAAUUAAUAGACUGUUUGAUCAAAAAUUAUCACAAAGACUUAAACGAAAAUUUGUUAAAACAUAUUGUAGUAGAAAUACCACCGUUACUCGAUGAAUCUGAUCUUCACAUUGCUCAAUGGACCCUUAUUAUUUUAAAAGCUAUUGCUGUGUAUCAUCCUAAAGCCUUGCUGAACAUCAAUGAUACUAUUAUGCCACAGAUUUUAGUACUUGUGAAAUCGCCACUGUUGCAAGGUACCGCCUUACAGUCCAUGUUGGACUUCUUCAAGUCAUUGGUCGUGUGCAACAUUCCAGACUUGAGCUAUGAUCAUUUAUUAAGAUUACUUUUGAUGCCAAUAUCGAAUCUCUCAGUAAAUCCAUCAGCUACUCUUCACAAGCAAGCAUUUUAUUCACUCGCCAAGUGUGUUGCCGUCAUCACAGUUACUUGCCAUUCACAGGCUCACCCAAUAGUUCCACAAUUUAUCAAUGAGAUUCAAACAGCAGCAACAGACUCACAACAAAUAUUUGCUUUAUUGGUCGUAGGAGAAAUUGGUAGGAAAAUCGAUUUAACGUCAAUUUCAAAUUUGAAGCAAGUUAUAUUUCAGUCAUUUUCCGCUAUAUCAGAAGAAGUCAAGUCAGCUGCCAGUUAUGCUCUUGGUAGUAUAUGCAUUGGUAACCUGCCUCAAUAUUUACCAUUCAUUUUAAAAGAAAGCCAGGAACAACCCAGGAGGCAGUACUUGCUUUUGCAUUCGUUAAAAGAGGUAAUCACCUGCUUGUCGCAAACACCAGACGGAAUACAGCAGCUGCUUCCAUUCGUCACCCCAAUUUGGCAGCAGUUAUACAGACACUGUGAGUGUGUUGAAGAAGGAACAAGAAACGUAGUGGCAGAGUGUCUAGGAAAAUUAACAUUAAUAGAUCCUACAAACGUCCUACCAAAAUUGAAACGUUCACUAAAUUCACCAUCACCUCUAACUAGAACUACAGUAGUGACAGCUGUUAAAUUUACCAUUUCCGAUCAGCCCGCAUCAAUUGACCCAUUAUUGAGACAAUGCAUUGGCGAGUUCUUAAACACGUUACAGGAUCCAGACUUAAACGUAAGAAGAGUUGCAUUGGUAGCAUUCAAUACAGCAGCACAUAAUAAACCAUCGCUUAUUAGAGAUUUGCUGGACACAACAUUACCACAACUAUAUGGAGAAACUAUAAUAAAGAGAGACUUGAUUAGAGAAGUGGAAAUGGGACCUUUCAAACACACAGUAGAUGAUGGUUUGGAUAUUAGAAAAGCAGCAUAUGAAUGCAUGUACACAUUGCUAGACUCUUGCCUCGACAAAGUUGAUAUAUUUGAAUUCAUUAAUCACGUAGAAACCGGAUUAAAAGAUCAUUAUGAUAUUAAAAUGUUAACAUACCUUAUGGUAGCUAGACUGUCACAGAUUUGUCCAGGAGCAGUAUUUCAGAUGUUGGAUAAAUUAGUUGAACCCCUUAGAGCUACACUGACGAUGAAAGUAAAAGCUAAUUCUGUCAAACAAGAGUAUGAAAAACAAGACGAACUGAAAAAGUCAGCUAUGCGAGCUGUAGCAGCUCUUCUGAGCAUACCAGAUGCAGAUAAAAAUCCACACCUGAUUGAAUUUGUGAGCCAAAUCAAGAAUUCCCCUGACUUGGUACCAAUAUUUGAGGCAGUUAAAAAAGAUACAACUUCCCAUAAUGACUGUCUCUUGAUGGAUCAAAGUUAAAUUUAAUUUUUCCUCAUUGUGAAUUUAAAGUUGAUUAAAUUAUAAUUUUUAAGUUAAUCGUUAAAUUAUUUUUAUGUAAUUAAACUGUCAAUUUAAUUUC